CAUGGGAGUCAGUGAUAACUCUGGCAUCGCAAGAAUUGCUCAGUUUGUUAGUUUGUAGCCGGCUCAGUGCCGGUGGAAUCGUUCAAGUGAUACCAGCUGAUCUGGGGAGAGCGGAAAACAUGGCGAUGCGUGCGCAAACGAGGCUUCUUAAUAUCACGAGGAACUACCGAUCGGAGACAGCUAGAAGGUUCUCGGUUUCUGCAAUUUUAAAGAAUACAACGGCAACAUUCAAUUGGCAAGAUCCCUUCUGCAUCGAGUCUCAGUACACUCAGGAUGAGAUAAUAAUACGCGAUCAAUUCCGCUCGUACUGCCAGGAGAAGCUCCAGCCGAGGAUUUUAAAUGCAUUCAGGAAUGAGCAUUUUGAUAAGGAAAUUAUGAAGGAACUGGGGUCCCUCGGGGUUCUCUGUCCCACUCUGAAGGGGUAUGGGGCUGCGGGAGCUUCGUCAGUGGCUUACGGACUCAUUACCAAAGAAAUUGAAUCUGUGGACAGUGGGUACAGGUCUUCAUUCUCGGUGCAAAAUCUAGCCGCUGUUGCCAUCGACUCUUGGGGAAGUCAAGAGCAAAAAGAUAAAUAUCUACCUAAACUUGUUUCCGGGGAUGUUAUCGGAUGCUUCGGCCUCACUGAACCCAACCAUGGAAGCGAUCCUGCUGGAAUGGAAACUAGGGCUGUUUACGAUGCUAGUAGAAAAGUUUACAAACUCAGUGGUAGCAAGACAUGGAUCACAAACUCGCCUGUUGCAGAUGUACUCGUCAUUUGGGCUAAAACUGACGACGGAAAAAUUCGAGGAUUUAUAAUAGAGAGAAAAGGCAAUGAAGCUAAAUUAAGUACUCCUAAAAUUGAGGGGAAAGUGUCUUUACGGGCUUCUGCAACUGGAAUGAUCCUCAUGGACGAUGUCAUUAUUCCUGAAACCAAUUUACUGCCCAACGUUUCUGGUCUUAAGGGCCCAUUUGCCUGUCUAAACCACGCACGUUACGGAAUAGCAUGGGGUGCCUUAGGUGCAGCGGAGCAAUGUCUGAACCUUGCAAACACCUACGUGUUAGAGCGUAAGCAGUUCAACAGACCAUUGGCAGCUAAUCAAUUGAUACAGAAGAAAUUAGCUGACAUGAUGACGGAAAUAGCCAUCGGUCUGCAGGGAUGCCUGCGCGUUGGCCGGCUCAAGGACGAGGGCAAGGCUACGCCAGAGAUGAUAUCAAUGAUAAAAAGAAAUUCAGCUGCUAAAGCCAUCAACAUUGCCAGAGUUGCCAGGGAUAUGCUCGGGGGAAAUGGAAUUUCUGAUGAGUAUCAUAUUAUCAGGCAUAUGGUUAAUCUGGAAUCAGUUAUUACUUAUGAAGGUACCGAUGAUAUCCAUGGUCUUAUUCUCGGACGAGCUAUUACUGGUAUUCCAGCGUUCUCCAGUUGAUGUUAAUGUUUCAUCAACUUUUCAUCAGCCCCCGCAGUUUCAUGUCUAUUUAUACUGAACUCCUGUGGCCAAUUCGCACAAAAGAAAAAAAAAUACUACUCCUGGAUAGUCACAAAAUCAUGUCCAACGUAUUUUUUUAAUCAUAAAUAAAUUAAGUUUAAUUCCUAAGUAAUAAAGCAUUAAUUACAUUCUCAA